ACAGUUUAUCCUUAAAGGGGUGGAGUGAUUGUGACUCAAAGGAAACCAUAAGUGGAUGGACAGAUUAAGGAUGAGCUACAGAGCGCUCGGGUCCUUGGGUUCCCUCGGUCUCACUCGCUCAUAGCCAUAUCUAUGUUAUCGCAACUCUUUACGGGCAAUUGAAGGAGGGCAGGAAGGUCCACGCUCACAUUGCUAAGCGAUGAUCGGAAUAAUGGAAGUAGUAAUGCCACACCACAUCAUCAUCCGUGUGUUCCGCACUCACUUAAACCGACGGCUACAACAAUAAGCACUCUUGCGUACAGUCAGAGAUAACAUGCGGCAUUAUCUCGGACAACAUUCAUGGUCUCGGUUGCUUCACGAAUAAGUUUCUGUUGUUGUUCUUGUACUACCCAGAGGAUGAACGGCGGCGGGCCCGACCAUUAUGAAGUGAAGGACGUGAGUGAAUACAAGGCCAACUAUGAAAAGCUCAAAGAGUUGGGUCGAGGCAAGUUCGGCAUUGUCUAUGAGGUCAGACCUCUGACCGAGGAAACCGACAAAUCGUGUGCUGCUAAAUAUGUCAGAGCCCGGAAAAGAGAUGUCCGGGAGGGAGCCUUGCAAGAGAUCCGAUUGCUCCACAAGCUGAAUCACCCGUACAUCAUCGAGUUCAUUGACGCUUUCCAAGGACCAUCGGAAGUGAUCUUGGUGACCGAGUUUCUCUCCGGUGGAGAGCUCUUUGAACGCGUGGCCGAUGAAGACUUUGAUCUCACGGAAUCCGAGUGUGUCUCCUUCAUGAAGCAAAUCUGCGAAGGCGUGAGAUAUCUACACGAAAAUCAAGUGGUCCACUUGGAUUUGAAACCAGAAAACAUCAUUUGCGUGAGGAAGGAUGCCAACGAGGUCAAGAUCAUCGAUUUCGGCCAAGCUCGGGAGCUCAAAGAUAGCGUUCAAAUCAAGGUCAUGUGUGGCACACCUGAGUUCGUCCCUCCCGAAGUGGUCAAUUAUGAUCCCAUUGGGUUGUCUUCCGACCUUUGGUCUUUGGGUGUGAUCGCUUAUGUGCUUUUGUCAGGAUUGUCGCCGUUCAUGGGGGACUCACAAACGGACACGUUCAGUAAUAUUUCAAGGGCGGAGUAUGACUUUGAGGAGCCGGAAUUCGACUCCAUCACACAGGAGGCCAAGGAUUUCAUCGCAUUACUUUUAAUAAAAACCCCCGGGAAACGCAUGAGUGCCGAGAAGUGCUUGGAGCACCCCUGGUUGACAACAUCAGAGAAACUAGAGAUGAAGAAAAAAAUCAAUACGGCCAAGCUCCGGAAGUUCUUGGCUCGACGUCGAUGGCAACGUUGCGGCCAAGCAAUUAGGGCGAUGAAACGCAUGUCUGGAUUGAUGCUCAAGCGACGUUCCACUCAAAGUAUGGAUUCCAAUAUCGCCGAACAUUCUUUGGAUGAGGAAAAAGAGAUCAAAACGCACAAAACUGGCAGUAGCGAAGACUCUAAUUCGGAUGAAGAAGUUGCGCAUUUCGUGUACUCUAGAGUUUACACCACCACAUUCACAAUGACUGUUACGUAAUAUAUUUUAAAUACCAAA